AUGGCCGACAGCCCGCUCUACCGGUCGCCAGGUCCAGCAUGUCGGCUCGCGGCGUGUCAGGGCUCGCCGUACGCCGAGUCGCCGCUGCUACCGGGCUGGCGCCCGCCCGACUGGGAGCCCACGGCGGCUCCUGCCUGGCAGGCCUCCUGGAGCACCGACGCCAGCGCGGGCCUGCAGCUCUCUCCGGAGGGUACCCACAGGAGCCUAGGGCCUCCGCCGUGCUUUGAGGAGGAGAUCGAGCGGUUUCUGCGAAGCUUAGACGUCGGCUCCAGUUGCCAGAGCUCCGUGGCGGCAGGAGAUCCGGCCCGCUCGGAUGACACGCCCGGGCCGCAGCGGUGCCGACGGUCCAAGUCUCCGCCGAUCAUGUGCCGGUCGGAGAGGCUGAACCCCGCGGAUGCCUUGGAGCGUCUGCCAGAGGAGGCCUUCGCUGCCGUCCCAGCGCCGCUUCUCAGCUGCGGCCGCUGCGGCCGGCGCUUCUCCGCCACGCGGCUCGAGGUGCAUGAAGCCAUCUGCUUUUCGACGACUUCGACCGUGAAGCGUGGGGUCUUCGAGUCCCAACGCCAGAGGCUGCUAGGCCUGGCAUUCGCCGGCCCACCGGAGGCAGGGUCGAAACCCAGCGGGCGGCCUCCACCUUCAGAGGGAAAGAUGCUGCAGCGCCCGGCCUCCACGAAGGCGCCAAGGAAGCGCAGCCGUGUGCCUUCCCGAACAGAGCCAGGUGCUCUCCGUAAGGAGACGACCGAGCUCUGCACCCCACAAAGAAGGCCGCGCCGGAGUGGAGUCUCAUCAACGCCGGCGCAGCGACCGAGGCGAACGAGCCGCUCUGCUGUCAACACUCCGGACAAGGAGGUGCCGCCUUCACCUCGCACGGCGUCGACCGCAACGCGCCGUAGAGAGGCUGGUCCCACGGCCACCAGGAAGCGGGCGCCCCCGCGAGUUUCCGAAACCUCUGACGCGAAGGAGCCACCUUCACCUAGCGCGGUGGAGACCGGAACGAGCCCUACAGAGGCUGAUCCCACGGCCGCCGGGAAGAGGGCAUCUCCGCGAUCUCCCGAAGCCUGCGAUGCCAAGGUUGCCUCCCCGCCUUUCACUGACGCAAAGCUCGCAGCAGCCGCAGUCCACCACGGCGAGCACGGCGAUCAGGUGCAGGCGUUGGAGGCAGAGGCAGCGGCCUCCCAAGCGGGUGGCGCCUCGCAGAAGGAUGACGAGAUGGACUUGCACCUGGCGGCAGUGCGAUGGGAGCGGCUUGCCAGGUCCCUGUGCUUUGCGGAGGAGCUGAGGCGACUGGAGCAGCUCGGUGCGUCGACCGACUCAUCCGACUCCGGUGAGCUGGAGGAGGCCAUGGCCAAGAGCAGCCCAUCAGCUCCCUUGGCGUCCACUUCACUGAGCUGGUCGAACUUGGCUCGCGGACUGGACUUCGCCGAGGAAGCUGCUCUGGAGCCGAGCCCGAAGAAGGACCUAGCUCAGGGCGCACCUCAUGCUACGGAGCUUCCUCCUUUUCCCAUCAUCAGCUCGCCCCAGGAGGAAGAGCUGGCGCACAGCCUGUUCAGCACGUGGGUGCAGACGAGCUCCUCGUGCCAAGUGCCCCCGAUUGUCGCCGAGGCCGCGCAGCUCUGCGCAGAGGUGGAUGCUCUGCUGGGAGACGACCGGGGCCACCCGCCCCAAAGCCCUUCCAGCGGCGCCCAGGCCUGGGAAAAAGAGCCUCUGCGCAUGCCGGCUGCUCUGCAGGUGCCGGAACAGGACUUUGAGCGGCCGCGCUACGACCCACGCAAAUACUACGAGCUGCCACCACAGCCCGGCCAGUCGCCGCCACGAGAACCGAAGGAUCUCCCGAGCACCGAGCUGGGAGACUGGCUGAAGAGGUGUGCGGACAGGAUCCGCCAGCGACAAGAGACUCGGCGUUGGAGCAUGACGGAAGAAGGGGCGAGCGAAGCCCCUUGCGCGUGA